CAGCAAAGGAGACGAGAGAAGGAGGAGGAGGAGGAGGAGGAGGCUCUUUUGACGUUUAUGUUUGUGUUCGGCCUCCGUAGACGCGGAACUUCAGCGGAGAAAGUGAACGUAUACUUAUGUUAAAGGAGAAUCGGAGGGGAAUCUGAAGCUUUCACUGAAAACAUCUUCCUUUCAGGACUUUAACUGAGAUCGCCUGAAGUGUCAGAUAUGUACCGCUUGCGGGCACUGACAGCUGCCACCGUCGGGAUGGUGCAGUUGUCAAGAAGGUAUCAUACUGGUGCCUUCCGUUCCCAUCAGCGGCGUAGACUGAUGUUGGCCGCCCUGGCGGGGGUGACAGGCAUCUCAGCCAGCGCUGGACUAAUGUGGACAAGAGCAUAUGCAGAGGCGGGGUCUUCAGUCAAGCAUGAGGAGCAGAUGCAGGAGGAGGAGCCUCUGAAUGAUGUGGUGGAGGAGGCGGUGUCAGACGGCGCUCUUGAGUCGAGUAGCGGGGAGGAGGAAGAUGAGGCGGGCUCAGAAGGGAAGAAAAAGAAACCGAGAAUCGGCUUCCGUGACCGCAAGGUGAUGGAGUAUGAGAACCGGAUCAGAGCUUACUCCACUCCAGACAAGAUAUUUCGCUACUUUGCCACCCUGAAGAUCAUCAGUGAGCACGGAGACGCGGAGGUGUACAUGACGCCACAGGACUUUGUGCGCUCCAUCACACCCAAUGAGAAACAGCCAGAGAACCUUGGUCUGGAUCAGUUUGUGGUGAAACGCUAUGAUGGAAAGAAACUCAUCUACAGCUCAAUCAAGAUCUCUCAGGACAGAGAGAAGUUUGCAGAUGAGGACAGCAUUUUCUACACACUGGGGGAGUGUGGACUCAUCUCUUUCUCUGACUACAUCUUCCUCACGACCGUCCUCUCCACUCCUCAGAGGAACUUUGAAAUCGCCUUCAAGAUGUUUGACUUGAAUGGAGACGGAGAGGUCGACCUUGAGGAGUUUGAGCAAGUUCAGAGUAUCAUUCGUUCUCAGACCAGUAUGGGCAUGAGACACAGAGAUCGCUCCACCACAGGAAACACUCUGAAAACAGGAGGCUGCAGUUCAGCUCUCACCACCUACUUUUUCGGGGCUGACCUGAAGGGCAAGCUCACCAUCGGCAGUUUCUUGGAGUUCCAGAGGAAAUUACAGCAUGAUGUGCUUAAACUCGAGUUUGAGAGGAAUGAUCCGGUGGACGGCAGGAUCACAGAGAAGCAGUUUGGAGGGAUGCUGCUGGCCUACAGUGGAGUUCAGUCCCGCAAACUCAAACUGAUGCAGAAGAGCCUCAAAAGAAUGUUCAAGGAUGCUCAGGGCAUCACGUUUGAGGAAGUGGAGAACUUCUUUACCUUCCUGAAGAACGUCAAUGAUGUCGACACUGCACUGAGUUUCUACCACAUGGCGGGCGCUUCUAUAGAUAAAGCCACCAUGAAGCAGGUCGCCCGCACUGUGGCCAAGGUAGAGCUGUCUGACCAUGUGUGUGAUGUGGUGUUUGCGCUGUUCGACUGUGAUGGAAAUGGGGAGCUGAGUAAUAAGGAGUUUAUUGCCAUCAUGAAACAGCGGCUGAUGCGUGGGCUGGAGAAGCCCAAGGAUAUGGGUUUCACCCGGCUGGUGCGCGCCAUGUGGAAGUGCGCCCAGGAUACUGCCUGGGACUUUGCCAUGCCGAAACAGCAGUAACUGCUGAGACGGCCAUCCCCUCAUGUUGAGCUCCAUAUGGGGUAUAAUUAAUCAUUAAAGGAUAAACUCCUUUGGAAGGCACAUCUGAUAACACACAUGCUACAAUGACUACUGCUCGUGCAUUCGGCCUUCUGUGCCCACCUGCAACUCUACUCAACAUCCAGACAGAGCUUGCUAUCUUUUAUUUAUUUCUUGCUAUUUGCAAGUUUUGGAGUUGGAUGCACAAUUCUGCAUACACUAGAAUGUAACUGGCAUGUGAAAACAACAGUGAGAGGUCAUCCUCGAGUGCCAUGAGUUCCUAUCUGAAAUGAAUGUUGGGACUCAGAUAAUUCAUAUGAUAUAUUCAACUUUGACUUUUUAAACACUCAUUACUUAAGCAAAAAGCUCCCUAUUUGCACUCCUGUUCUCAAAGGUGUCCAUGUGUCCCAGUCUCCACUAUAGACUGAAUUAGUGGCAUCCAGCUGACAAGCAGUUUCCAUUGUACUAUAAACCGCAUUAUUUUGAAAAUCUCAUUGUUCAAUGACUUUAUAAGAGUGAUGCUGAAAGAAUGAUAUUAUUAAAACAUUUUACAGUACUGAAA